GUUGGCAAAACUGACGACUACAGCUGAUCGAGAUCGAGGGGGGUUCUACGAUUGGUAAACGCAAUGCAAGGGCAUGAGAAGGCGAAGAGAUUUUUUCACCAUUUGUACGUAUGUAGUGUGAGAUAGAAAGGUGAAACUUCGGAUGCUCGUCACCGGGGCAGAAGAAGGGCUGUAUCGUAUUUCGGAGAUAGCUGUCGAUUUCGGGGCUGAGGGUGAUAGCUGGUGGACAGAAUGGCGGGACUCGAGGGGUACGAUAGACAUUACGGAACUCGUCCGAUCGAGCCGUGGGAGGUCGGUGCUGCGUUCCCGAGCAAAUACCACGGCCGAGAGGUUAUACGUCCCCUAGAUGUCCCCGUGGUUCACCCCCUCGCAGAAGACAGUCCACCCCCAGAAGACGAUCUGACCGUAAAAAGAUACGUCGGAUUAGGCUGCGGUCUUGCAAGUCUGAUUACGGAAAAUCUACUGAUACACCCCUUCAUUGUACUUCGAAGACAGUGCCAAGUGAACCCUAGCGCCGUCAAGUAUCAUUUAGUUCCGAUAACUUUAGUGCCCAUCAUCAUACGGCUACAUCAAACCCAGGGCUUGAACACUCUCUGGAAAGGAAUUGGCUCCACACUUCUCGUCAGGGGUUUGACUCUCGCUGUCGAAGACCUCGUGUCGAAAAUCACACCCUGGCCCAAGGAGAUUACUUGCAACAGUUCGUUGAGGUCUUUUGGACAGCAUUUGCUUCUUAAGUGCGUGUCGAUUGGGAUAGUAACACCAUUCUACUCUGCUUCAUUAGUAGAAACAGUUCAGUCAGAAAUUGCUUCUGAACGUCCAGGGAUCUUGGAUGUAUUCAGAGAUGGAGCCAUCAGGCUACUUGAAGUAGGAAAUAAAGGGAGAUUGAUUCCAAUUUAUGCUCUGUUACCGCCAACGAUUGCCUAUGGAGUGACAAAGUACCUUUUCACUCUAAUUGUAAGAGGAGUUACCAGCCGAAUAAUGCACGUUAGACACAAGCAUUCUCAACAACUGAGGGGAGCUUAUAGCAGAGAUUUGGUCUCUGAAUCAGUGGUUCAAGACAUAGAACUGCACUCUAUACUCGUAUCCAUGUGUGCAGCUGACAUCAUUUUUUAUCCCUUGGAGACGGUGAUUCACCGGUUACACUUGCAGGGCACAAGAACUAUAAUAGAUAAUCUUGACACGGGACGAAGCGUUACGCCGUUACUGACAGGAUACAGUGGGGCUAUCGACUGUUAUCGAACGAUUAUAUCUACAGAGGGUCCUUUCGGAUUGUACAAAGGGUUCGGUUCACUGAUACUGCAAUUCGCAGCUCAUGUAUUAGUUAUACGAGCAACUAAAUGGAUACUUACCGAAUUGACUGGGGUAAUGAGGCCAAAAGCAAAAACCAUAAAACCACCACCGCUCAAUUACUACAACGAUAUUUGAGCCGGAUAUUUUUCUUUGAUUUUUAACAAGUUUAUAGUAAUAUAACUUUGUAUGAAAUAUUUUACUAUUAACAAUUUUUCUCCGAUUGUUAUUUAUUUUUUUUUUUUUCUUGUAAACAUUAAAAUUGUUAGCAAGAAUCAUAUUACGUUUGUGAUCUCUCAUAAGUUUUCGGUCGAAUUAAUUAUCGACGAUUACUAACGACUAUACCACUUACUAACAAGUGCGUUAGUUCCUUCAAGUCAAGCGAUAAUGACGUGAACGUACUAUGUGCGUGUAGUUACAUUGACAUGCGAGUGUAGCCCGUGGUUAUCAGUUAUUCAUGAAUCCUAUUUAUUAAAAAACCCUAAGACAUAUAAUUGUAUAAAAUGAUCGAUUUGAUAAACAAAUUUCAAUUUCUCAUCGAAUAUACAACAUUUAUUUUGAAAUUUAAUCAGAGCUUCGUUUUUUUUAUCACUGGGUAAUCGGCUGGUAGGAUAUAAUUCUUUCGCCGUUUUCUGUAGGACGUUUGCCCAAGAAACACCAAUCCAAAUAUUGAACUAACUCAAAUGUAUUUUAAUGUUUGUAGUGGACACACAAGUAAAUUAUACUGGCAACUUUUUCACUGACAUAUCUAUUAAAAUACUCUCUUCUCCGACGUUAAUAGAUUAUGAAGGUUCUUUGAGAUAAGAAAAUGUUUAUGCUAGUAAUAUAUCCAAACCGCCGAAAUAUUCUGUUAAUAGUUAAAUCGUUCAUGAAUCGAUAGAGUUGCUGGUUGUAGGGACUUGAAAAUUUUAGAACUGUUCUGUAAAUAUUUCGAAAUAACGUGGAUAGAAUUUUACUUUAGCUAGUUCGUGAUUUACGUGUAGAGCAACAAUUAGUCGUGGUGAUUAUAAGGUAGAAAGUGCAUACGCGGAAUAAUUGUAGCAUAAUUUAAAAUCUAUCGCAAAAAAAUAAAACGUUGAUGAUAAAUACUUA